AUUUCAGUCGGGAGCGCCAGGCUUCACUCCCCAACCUGUAGCCUACAUCUCUCCCUAACCCUCCAGGCAGCCGUCAGCUGUGCCCCUGAAGCCCAUAGACUCCACAGACCCCACAGACCCCACCUGAGAUGUCUUCUUUUGCUUGCUGGAGCCUGUCUAUAACCCUUCUUGUCCUGUUCUACAGCCCAGGGCUGUGUGGUCACCAUAAGGAGAACCUCGGGAAACUCAGGCCCAGCCUAAAUGGCUCCAAUGAUGUCUACGGAGCAUGAACAUAAAUUAUGAGUCUUCAUGCAACAGGUCCUUCUGACGGUGGCCUGCUGCUUUUCUGGUCUUAUUUCCACCAUUCCUCUUCUUAGCUAAGGCUUGGUCAUCUCGGUUCUCCAUUGCUUCAUGAACGCAUGCGCCCAAUGGGUCCGGCGAGAGGGCCUUUGAGGUCUACAUAUGGUCUGAGAAGCAGAUAGUUGAAGCCACAGAGUCUUGGAAAAUCAACUGCAGCACCAGCUGUGCCGCCCCAGAUAUGGGUGGUCUGGAGACGUCCAUGAAUAAAAUAAUGUUGGAAGAGCAUCCUCAAGGGAAGUGGAAACAGUUCUUAAUCUCAAAUGUCUCCAAAGACACGGUCUUUCUUUGCCAUUUCACCUGUUCGGGAAAGCAGCACUCGGAGAGUCUCAACAUCAGCGUGUACCAGCCUCCAGCUCAAGUCACACUGAAGUUGCAGCCCCCCCGGGUGAUUGUGGGUGAAACCUUCACCGUUGAGUGCAAGGUGUCCCCUGUGAAGCCCCUUGAGUGGCUCACCCUCUCUCUGCUCCGUGGCAGAGAGACCCUGAAGAGUCAGACCUUUGGGGGAGCAGAAACUGACCCCCAAGAGGCCACAGCCACGUUCAACAGCACAGCUCUGAAAAAGGACGGUCUCAACUUUUCCUGCCAGGCUGAACUGGAUCUACGGCCCCAUGGUGGGUAUAUCAUCCGCAGCAUCUCGGAGUACCAGAUCCUUGAAGUCUAUGCACUGGCACAGAAGACGGACAGGCACCUACGGGGUGCUAGCUGCCUGGAGGAGGUUGCCCCGAGCCUUCCGGACACGUUCCGUGUGAGCCAACAUUGCCAGGCCCCUGGUGGUUACCAGAACUCAACAUGGCGCCUUCAAGGUGUGGUUCAGCACUGGCUGAAGGACUGUGGCAGCAGCAGAAGAGGCUGGGGACAUUUCCUUUUUUUUUUUAGCCUCAAUACAAAUACCUGGAUUUCACCCUGUGCCCGCCAUGACUGCUCCGGGGAUAACAGUCAACACCUAUGCCAGGGAAAGUACCAAGUGUUUCCUGUUUACAGUGUCUCUUCAGCUCUUCCCACCCCUUGCUCUUUCCCAGGGCUUUUUGGAGCCUCUGCAUCCCAGACCCCAGACAUCUACCCACACCGUUUAGGAGCAAAUUAUUUUCUCCUGAGGUCCUAUGAGGUGAAGGACAUUCUGUUCACACCCGACCCUGGGGACCUCAUGCUGCUCCUGGUUGAAUCAGGACACAGCCCUGACUCUCCUUUCUGCCAACACUAAGAGGAGGCUCAAGGGAGCUGAAUCCGCUGCAGAGGCCUCCUGAGCUGGGUCCCUCUCCAUCCGUGCUGCCCUCUGGGAGUCUUAAGGAGUUUGGAGAUGUGCGCUAUCCUUUUCUCUCCUUCCCUACUUCAGGCCCAGGGGUGAAGGCACACAGCCUUCAUUAUCCCAGAGAGAGGGGCAGAGACCAGCUGGGCUCUGGUAUCAUGGCCUUAUGGGGAAACAGUGGAUCAAUUG